UAUUUGUGUCAGGCGCUCUGCUAGAAACUGAAGGUGUAGAGACAAACAAGAACCAGCCCUCCAUACUGAGCCGAAGAGAUUAUUCCCUGGACACGAGUAACUGAUGCAGAUGGCGUUUAAUGAUUGUUUUAGUUUGAGCUAUCCUGGUAAGCCCCAGCCAGGGGACUUGAUUGAAGUAUUUCGUUCUGGCUAUCAGCACUGGGCGCUGUACUUGGGUGAUGGUUAUGUUGUCAACGUAGCACCUCUAGAGGAUGGCAUUUCUGCAUCAUUUACAAGCGCCAAGUCUGUAUUCAGCAGGAAGGCCCUGGUGAAGAUGCAGCUGCUGAGGGAUGUUGUGGGAAAUGACACAUACAGAAUAAACAAUAAAUAUGAUGGGACCUACUCCCCUCUCCCUGUGGAAGAAGUCAUGCAACGGACAGAGACGGUUAUUGGACAGGAGGUGGAAUAUGACAUACUUGUCAACAACUGUGAGCAUUUUGUGACUUUGCUUCGUUAUGGAGAAGGAGUUUCAGAGCAGGCCAACCAAGCAAUAAGUACCAUUGGGUUUGUGGCAGCUGCUGCUGGUGCCUUUUCACUCCUGGGCUUGUUUCCAAAAAGACAAAGAGCAAAAUACUAUUAAUGAUUUACUGAAGAGAUAUUGGAACUGAAAGAAUUUGUGAGGAGGGGAAAAAAAAACUGGGAUGAAUACUUAUUUUCAAUGCAUCAUUAUUGUUCCAAAUUCCAGUGAUGGAUGGCGGGCUCUUUAAUAAAUUGCUUACUGAUAUUAUCUCA